CUGUCCUCCCACAACCGAACACCCAACGACGACACACCCGACGAAACACCCGACCAACCAACCGGCAGCAUCGCCGCCGCUGGGAAUCGCCGGCCCGCGUGGCGUUCUUGAUCCUGCUCACCCCAAGGAUCAGUCGCCUUGUUCUUUAGGGGGUUCCCGUUCCUUUUGGGAUGGCGCUGAGGGAUGUGGCGCACUUGGAGGUGCAGGAUGCAUUCACGGGGGAAUACAUUCCGUUGGAGGACAUCUGGCAGGACAAGCCGGUGGUGCUGGGUUUCUUUCGCCGAUUCGGCUGCAAGCUGUGCCGCUACGCGGCGGUUCAACUCAGCUCGCUGCAGGCGUUCCUUGAUGCGGCGGGCGUUCGCCUCGUCGCCGUUGGAUUCGAGGCCGUGGGCUUGCAAGCAUUUGUCAACGGGCAAUUCUUCUCCGGCGAGAUCUACCUCGACCUCUCCCGGGCGUGCUACCGCGGCUUGAAGCUGGAGAACUUGGGAUGGAUUCGUGGGACAUUUAUGCUGCUGACAGACCAGCGUGUAGCCUCCACCAUCAAGCAGGCAAAGGACAUAUCGUUUGAUUUCCGCGGGGAUGGUAUGCAACUGGGCGCAACAUAUGUGGUUGGCCCCGGUGGCACCGUGUUUAUGGAGCAUCGCCAGAAGCAUUUUGGCGACAACCCGGACCUUGACGAGAUUCGGCGAGCCGUGGCUGCAGCCGUCAACAAGUCCGUGGACUUUAUUGAACGACAAAUGGCUGUGCAACAACGCACGCACCCAGGCACGCCGCUAGCACAACAACAACAACAACAACAACAACAACAACAACAACAACAACAACAACAACAACACCACCAUCAGAACGUCGGAUCGUCACAAGGUGGCGUGUCUGCAGUUGCAACCCAAGCGGCUCCACACCGCAGCCGCAUGCCAAGGAGUAUCAGUCAACACAUUCAACACCAGCAUCAGCGAAGGACCAGCAACGCUAGUUCCUUCAGCGACCACAGCAGUGCGACCAGCAGCCAGCAUGAUGCUGUGCUGUGCACGCUAUCCCCUGCUUGCUCCACAUCCCACCUUCCGCCCCCACGCCACGCGUCUUCAACACCGGCAUCGCCAUCGACAUCACCCGUCCCCUCUGCUUCGCACACCUUCCGUCCGCCUGCGUUUGCGGGAGUGUCUCGCAUCAGCGGCGCAAUGUGGCCGCAUGUGCAUUCGUGGAACGGAGGUGUGUGCCUGCGCCGAAGCACCAGCAGCGCGCACACGACCAGCGUGGGCACAUGUGCGAAUGGUCAGAGGAGCCACGGGGGUGAUGAUUGCCACAUGUGUGGCUGCGACUGUGACUGCGACUGCGAUUGUGAUGGCCACGGCAACAACAGGAGGGCACACAACCCACACGGCACACACGGCACAGGCAGCGUGGGCAGCGUGGGCAGCGUGGGCGAGCAACGCAUCAACAACAGUGGCAACACCGGGCGCCGUGGUGGCGGUGACACUGACGAGAGUGAUGAAGAGGAUGUCGACGAUGUGAUUGAUGUCGACACAGUCAUGGCAGCCACGAUACGCGAGGAGGAACAACAUGAUGGUAAUGAUGAUGAUGAUGAUGAUGAUGAUGAUGAUGAUGAUGAGGAGGAGGAGGAGGAGGAGGAGGAGGAGGAAAUUCUUGCAACAACAACCAACAACCAACAACAGCAACAACAACAACAGCAACAACAACAACAACAACUUAAACAACAACAACCAACAACCAACAACAGCAACAACAACAACCAACAGCAACAACAACAACCAACAGCAACAACAACUUAA